GCUAAAACAUCAAUCAAAGAGUGUAUAGAACAGAAAUCAAUAGAGCCACCGGACGACCUGAGAUCACAUAAUAUCAUCAUCAGGUUGAGAUGGCCAAGUUGGCGAACGUGCCGGCGAUUCUUGUUGUGGCUGCUUUUGCAGCAAUCUUUCACAGCAUAGAAGCCGAAGAUUUCACAGUCGGUGGCAACACAGGGUGGACAAAUAAUCCUUCUGGUGGAGCUUCGUUCUAUUCCAGCUGGGCAGCAGAUUUGACAUUCAACGUCAACGACGUUCUAGUGUUCGAUUUCGCCACACAACGGCACGACGUGGCCAUACUAACUCAAGCCAACUUUGAUAGUUGCAACGUGAAUGACCCUAUUGACUUGAUUGCCACUGGACCGGCUAGAGUGACUCUGAACCGAACCGGGGAAUUUUACUUUGCUUGUACUUUCUCAGGUCACUGUAACAGCGGUCAAAAGCUAAGCAUUAAUGUCACAGACUCUUCUUCCUCCCCUUCACCGCCCGUUGCCGGAUCUCCUGGAUCAUCACCUCCGUCAACCCCAGGCGGAGAAUCUCCGCCGCCAUCCUCAGCUACCUCUUUGGCCAUUGCUUUCUCUCUUCUUCUCGCAACUAUUUGUCUGAACUUGCUCCUUCAUUUCUAGUUAUAGUCAUGAUUAUAGGGGAGGCUUCGUUUCAUUUUCUGCAUUUGAUGGGUUCAUUUUGCAUUGGUGGAAUUUAAUUUGUUUGCUACUUCGAAUAAUUUUAUAGUUCAGAUGUAGUGUGUUGUUGCUGAACCAGUUUGUUUGGUGUACAAUAAUAUAAUAUUGAGUUUGGAAGAAUAAAAUAUCAUACGAUGGUGGAGUAGGUGAA